AUGUCAUUCCGGAGAUUGCUGAGCGCGGUGCGGUCUGCGCGGGAAGCCAUCACUCGCGGCGCGCCGAUGGCUGACGGACUCCUCAAAUCCUUGCUGUCGGUAGUGGUGAUAUUCUGCAUCGCGGUGUCUUCACCGCCCUCGGCGUCUGCUAAACCCUUUGCGUUUAGUUUUCCUGCGGGGUGGUCCCUGGCGGGGUUAGUCGGCAGUGUGGGGGCUAGGUCUGAUGAUGCGGAGCGGCGGGAACCCGCAGCAGGAGCUAAGCCUUACACGGGGCGGCGCAUUGCCAACGACACGCUACGCAUGGUGUACUAUCACGACCUCACUGUGGCUGUGGUGGAGCUGGGACCCAACAAGCUGCUGCUCAACUGCGAACUCAUUGAGACACAGUGA